UGCCUGUGGCCACGUGACUGAGCCAUGCACGUGACCAUCCACGUGACCUGAUGGCGACGGAGACGAUCCUAACCCCGGGGGUGGAGGGAUUGUUCCAGCGGAAACGGUCAAAUGCGCAGAUCCUGUCGGACCCCCGCGUGCUGGCGCACCUGCAGCAGCUGCAUGACACCGCGCAGGCUAAUGGGCACCUCCUCGGGCAGGAGGACGCCCCCGACCGGGACCACCUGCCGGAGACCAUCGCUAACUACAACCGCAGGAACCCCAUGGAGGCCUUCAAGGUGGUCCUCAUUAACAAAACCGAGUACGAGGGCGCCCUCCGGUUCUACUACGAGGACGGGGAACGAGAGGUGACCAAGGCCGUGCGCGUGCGCAAUUCGACCACAGUAGAAGAUCUCGUGCCCACGCUAGAGGAGAAGUUUAACUUAGGACCGGCCAGCGAUGGGGAGGGCAGGGUGCUGUUCCAAGUACAGGAAGGAGACGCUAUCCUGCUCGAUGGAGAAGAGCGCCCCCUAGAGAUUGCCGUGAGUGUGCGCACCACCCCGAGGUUCGUGCUCAGGAACAAAGGCAGCUGGAGACAAGAGGUCGUAGCGCAGAUCUACAGCUGCACCCCCGCCAGCCGGCGUAGACUGGUCCAGCAUUACGGCAUCGAGACCGAGUUUGAGGAGUACUGCCGGCAGCAGCUCCAGCGCCUGUCCGGCUCCUCACAAGACUCCUCAAGAUCCGGGGACAGCAGGAGGAGGGACUCCCCAAGGAGAAGGAACAAGCGCUUUCUUAAAGGUGUGAGCGUAUCUUGGGAGAAUCCUGCCAAGGAUGAGGACUUCCGUCGGAGAGUGAAGAGCAGACAGUGGAAAAGUUUUGGCGGGAAGCUGAGAAAGUCCAGCAGCCUGCCGUCCUUGUGCGAAGCCCUUGAACCGUUCGACUCCACGCACUCGCUAAAUCACGUGAUGAACGGGUCGCCAGGCAACACCACCGGCUCCAGCCUGUCGUCUGCGAACACGUCAAUCAGCUCCGGCCGGACCAAGUCCGCUCAUGACGACAGCAUGGUGGGGUCACCCGAGGUCAGCGGCGUCAGGCAGCCCUCAAAGAACCGGGCUCGGAAGAGCCUCGGCAAGACGAAGUCUGUAUCUCAGAUCUUCCAGCGCGGCUUGAGUCUGAGGGGGAAGAAGAAGGAAGGGUCUCCUUCUGAGCUUUCUACGGACAUGACGGCACCAGGUGUCCUUAAGGUGUUCGGCGCCAUGAUUGAACAAGGUGCGAACUACAAGAGCGUGCUGGCCACGCGGGGUUCCACCGCAAGGGAACUGAUCAAGGAGGCGCUGGAGAGGUACUCCAUAGACAGAGACACACACGCGGACUACGUGCUGUGUGACGUCAUCGGAAGAUUGCGGGACCCCCGGCCAGAUGAGAUUACCCAUCAUUCCCCGGGCAAAAAGGGGAAAAACGAAGAAAAGAUUUGGGAGGAGGAGUGCGUCCGAGUCAUAGGAGACAACGAGAAGCCAUUGGAGAUUCAGUCGCUAUGGAAACCUGAAAUAGGAUACUCCAGAAGAUUUGAGAUGCGGAGAAGAGAGGAGAUCCAUCUGUUCCAGUCCGACGGAGUGGACACGGUCACGGCGGGCAUCAACGCGCAGGCGCGGCGGAUACAGAUGUCACGUGGCCGGUCCCGCACGGUCGGCGAGGAGGAGCUGUCACGUGACCUGAAGGACAUCGGAAACAGCUUGGAACUAAACUCGAGACUAGACGACAGUAACGAGCAGGAGCCCGAAGAAACCGAGAGCUCCCAGGGCACCUCCUCGGCCUACAGCGUGCGUCCCCCCGUGGACUACCCCUUCCUCCUCACGAUACGGGGCUGCAACCCGGAGCUGGACCUUUUGCUCUACCUACUGAGCGAGCCCGUGGCCAUGGUCGGGCGGGGAGGGGAGGUGGGUGGCCCCGAGAGGGGGCAGGGCGACGGUGCGAUGGAUCAGGCAGACACCGAAGGCAGCGCCACGCCGGAGCCUGUGAAAGUGGACAUCUUGCUGUCCGGCCAGGACAUCCUUCCUCAGCACUGCUGGUUGUGUAGAAAAGCCGCGGCGGACUCGAUAGCGAGAGACAGCGAGGCAGUGCGGCAGGUGGUUACGGCGGAACCGCUCCGUGGCGCCCGUAUGACGGUCAACGGCGUGCCGGUCUACCACAGAGUCGAGCUCAACCCGGGCGACCUGCUCGCCUUCGGGGAACACUACGUCUUUCUCUUCAAAGACCCGACCUCGGUUCAGGAGAUCCCGAGGGAACUGAAAUGGCUGACUGGGAGAGAAAGCGCCGAACCCGACUACGUGCCCGUGUCCCACUCGGUACAGACCUCGAUCGUUGACGAGAAAAGUCUGCCUCCGGUCCCAAAACUUGUGCUUGAGGAACCCCCUCGCCAGGAAUCGGCUCAACCCGCAAGUCCCGCUGUAGAGAAAAAAUCCGCACAAGCCCCACCCAAUCAGAGACUUCUUGAUUGGCAGGCCGAUCGGACGAGACUCAAACUCUGUUACCUUCCUGGGAAGGAGGACGACCUCCUGGAAUACAUCACUACCAUGGUAAUCAUGGAAGGUCCCGGAUAUAAGCUGGCGCCGGCGUACCUGAUGUGCGCAUGCGUGGAAUACUCGGCUAUGACGGGUGACCAGACGACAACCCGGAAGUUGCUGCUGAAGAUCUCCAGUCUGGUACAAAGUAUCGCUUGGGAGAGAACGAAAGAAAUCUCCAACAGGCCAGGUGACAGACCCAGCGACCCGAUCCAGGCCACAGACGAGCUCCUCCCCCUGCUCAAGCCCAUAAUCUUCUGGAUGUCCAACUCACUGGAGAUGCUGGCCUUCCUACAGGCGAACCUCCCGGACUACCUGUGCGCCCCGCCCGCUGCCCUGCCGCCCAACACCCGGGCCUCCGUCGCCGUGGCUGACGAGGAAGUCCUGUCCGUGCUGGAGGAAGUCGUCAUGUACACGUUUCAACAAAGUGUGUACUACCUCACAAAGACUCUGUACAUCGCCUUACCCACGGUGCUGGACAGCAACCCUUUUGCAGAAGACGAGAAAUCAUCGGAAACUCCUGAAGCCGGAAGGAACCCAGACAAGCCCAGCAGUCAAACUGUGGACGCUAUCACGUACGUCCUCCAGUCCACCUGGUCCAUCCUCCAGGACUGCCAACUGCACACCCAGAUGACGUCACAGAUGUUUGCGUACCUGUUCUUCUUCAUGAACGCGUCACUCUUCAACACGCUCAUGGAGAGGGGCGCAGGAGGGCGCUUCUACAAGUGGCAGAAAGGUGUGCAGAUCCGCGGGAACCUGGACCAGCUGGAGACCUGGGCAGCUGACGCGGGGCUGGGGGAGGAGGCUGACAAGUUCAUGGCUAAACUGUCCGCAGCGGUGGACCUGCUGGCCACGCCCAAAGUUCACCUGCUACAAUCGGACUGGGCGACCUUACGGCGAGACUUCCCUGCGCUAAACGCGGCCCAACUGCAGCAGGUUCUCGGAGAGUACCAGCUCGGCCCCGGCAGGCCCCGCCCCAGGGGCUGGUUCCCCCCGCCUGAGGAGGUGGAGCCUGCCCUGAAAACUGCGGACAUCCUGGAAAGCUUCAACAACCACCCGCCCCUGGUCCUGCCGAUCUCCGGCUUCCAGCUGGACCUGGCCGCGCCGCCCUCCCAGCCGUCCUUCCGACAGUACCAGGACGCCGUCUUGCGGCUGUUCGGGGAACAGCAGAAGGUGGAGGAGGGACCGAAGGUGAAGCGAACACCGGGCCUGCAGAUCAGCGUCAGAAGCCAGGAGGAGCUGCUAAAGCCAAGUGCGACCUCCACUCCGCUAAAAGUGUCCUCUGUCGACCCCGUCCCACCGUCCGCUCAGGGUACGUUUACCGCGCACGUGGUGUACAUGAGUGACGACGACUCGCUUCACGACGGCGUCGCCGGCGACGUCGGCCACGUCAAGGAGGACCCACAGAACUACGUCGAGGUGAACGAUGACGUCGACGUGACGCCGCUAUCGUCCAGCGGACUGCGCGUGCUUCCCGUCAGCGAGGUGACGUCACUGGCGACGAUUACCGAACAUGACGUCACGCAGCCGAACGGACCACGACCUGACGGAAUUGUUGACGAAACUCCCCGCGGAAAACCCGGGGACGAGAGUUCCGGGAAUCAGAACGGGUCUUCCAGGAAGUCCUCCGUGGUGGGGUUACUGGAGGGCAUCCGGAGAGAGGAUGAUGCGCAAGAUGAGGUGUUCGUGGUGGAUCUGGGGCGUGGUCCCACCGGACUGGGGCUGGGGCUCAUAGAUGGGCUGUACACUCCCCUUAAGUCUCCGGGAAUCUACGUCAGAACCUUGGUGCCGAACGGACCCGCGCACAAGGACGGUCGGCUGAGACUAGGAGACCGGAUCCUGGCAGUGAACGGCACAAGUCUGGUGGGGGCGGACUACCAGAGCGCGAUGUUGCUGAUCCGAAACGCGGGCGAGCAGCUCCGGUUUCUGGUGGCGAAGUCCGACAGCUCCGUGGCCAUGAAGAUCACGGCUUCUAGCUGCUGAGAGUGGAACUGCAGACCCAUAUCCAACCUGUUUGAACUCACAUCCGAUCUACAAAGUUUAUGAGACCUGUUACAGCUUACACUCAAUUCUGACACAUUUACGCUUAGGCUGUGGGACUUGUUUACACAAGUCAGGUCUACGACGGUUGUUGUAGGACCUGAUUCUACUCACCUCAAAUCUACGAAGGUUGUAAGCCUUGCUUGCACUUACGAUCCACAAUGGUUGUGAGACGGCUGCUGAGAGCGAGACUGCAGAUAGACCCAUAUCCGACCUGGCAGCCAAAAACCUGCACAAAGAAAAUGAUCACCUUCCCCCAGUGCCUGAGCCCUCAACCUAAUGAGUUUUGAUACUGAGAGGAAGACGACGAAAAAGAAGACUUGUUUGGCUCUUUCAACCCCGAUGUACAAUAGGACCUGUUAAACUUUACACUCAAAUCUGACACACAACGGUUGUGGAACUAGUUUACACUCACACCCAAUGUAUAUGGUCUUUUGUUUUUGACCUGGUAAAGUUUAUAUUCAAGUCUAAUAUGCAACGCGCACACGGCUGUCGGACCUGCUUAUACUCAUCUACGACGUACGAAGGUUGAUCGGACAUGUUUACACUUACUUUCCGGUCUACGACGUUUGUGGGAUCUUUUAGACUUACAUCCGAUCUACAAUGGCUGUAGGACCUGUUUGCAUACACACACAUCUUCUAUCUAUUAUAGUUGAUCGGACCUGUUUACACUCGUGAUUCGGUCUUCGACGGUUGUGUGACCUGUUUACACUUACAUGCCAGCUACCAGAUACCGACCCUGCAAAGGUUAUGGAAUUGUGAUCUUGAAAUUGGGCGGGCUGUAGAAUUUAGACUACAAAUUCAAGCGUUCAGGACUCAAUGCCAUGUGCCAUCAUGUGCCAAAGUAACCUCCAAUCUUUUUUUUCUUGCACACUCAAAAGCCUCAUGAUGAGCCACAUGUUUUACGGAGAGUUUUAAUAGGAAUGCAAGAAUUCAAGUUGUACUGAUGUAAAUACUGAUUUUAUAUGUUUGAUUUUCCUGAGUGUAUAUGUAUAUAUAUUAUAUAUAAACUUUGAGAAAAGCCACUUAAGUUAAAGACAUGCUGCCGGGCGGCACUUGUUUCCUAUUCUGUAAGUAAUUUGUAGUUACCCGUACGAAAGUGACUGUUUUUUUUUUUUGGUGUGUCAUUGAAGCUCCACUCUGCUAUUGUGAGAAGGCAAAGAAUUAACAUUAACAGUGACAAUACUGCUAUCUUGCUACAGUGUCAAAAAUGCCACCCAUAGCACAAUGUUGCAACUACGUACUAGAAAGAAAGUGGCGUCCACAGUUUAUGUUAGCGUGCUAUCCUACGGCGCCUUUAUUAUCAUAGCACAUCGAAUAAUUUACAACCACAUGUAGGCUUUAUUCAAAAGGAAGGGAGUUUAAUAUGGAAAUUAUCUUUAAACAAUUUGUAAAAAAAUGUGUGAGACAGACGAGUAGCAUUUCUGAACACCUAGUGCUGUGAGCUGUACAUGUAGCAACACUGAUAUAGCGAUGUAAGAGUUGAUGUAUCUUUUACUAGUACUUUGGUUGUAGCGAUAGUUUUACAAAGUCACGUACGAUUGUAGCCAAUCUUAUAUCAGUUUUGUCAAAGAACUUUGUUGCCAAUGAGAUGAAAGAUGUGAAAUUGAGAUUUCGUUUUCAAAGAUGUUUUAUACGUUUUGCUGAGGAAUUUUAUAAGGAGUAAAUAUUUAUUGUGUCCAUGGAGGAACAUGUGUGUAGCUGUAAGGUUUGUCCUUUUUGUUGUACCUACAGGUACUUUUUUUCAGCGUGAAGAAUAGAAAAAAAAGGAAUCUUUUAAGGGUAAUUUAUUCAGUGUUUAUACUUGCAAAAUGCCAGAUAUUCCUGACGAAUAAACCUUCGUACAAUAAAAAUGUUGAAAGUGAUUCGG